UCCACGGUUCAUUUCUCGCUCCGCGGCGACGGGGACGCGCAGUGGAUACCGCUCCUGUUGGAGGGGAAAAAAGCGCCGUCGGUCUGUAACAGCGAUUCACUGGGAAAAAUGUCCCCUUCACCGGCCUUCAUCGACGCUGUCCAGGUCUGCAAAGGUCACGUAAAAGGAUCCACAGCAUAUGACGACUCCAGUUUUUUCGACCAUUAAACUUAUUUCAGGGGAUUAUAAACUCCGACAGUGACUAAUAAGACACAGGAACUGAAGUUAACAUUGAAGAGGUGCAGAAAAUGGCGAGAAGGCUCCUGCAGCUCUUUGCCUUGUUGACUAUAGUGACUGGCAUUGUGCAGUGCUGCCCAGAGCUCUGCAGCUGUCAGGAUAAAUUUGCCCACCAGUUUGCAGACUGUGCUUACAAAGACCUGCUGGUGGUUCCUGUGGGGCUCCCCUCCAAUGUCACCACCGUGAGCCUUUCUGCCAAUAAGAUCAAAAUACUGAAAAGCAAAAGCUUCAUUAAUAUCACUCAGGUCUCCUCUCUUUGGCUGUCCCACAACGAGAUAGUCACAAUCGAGAGGGACACACUGGCCCCCUUGAUUCAGCUCCGCAACCUGGACAUCAGUCACAACAAAAUUGUACACUUUCCAUGGGAGGAGCUGCACAACCUCACCGCCCUGCAGCUUCUGAAAAUGAACAACAACGAGAUGGUGAAUCUUCCAAAGGAUGCGUUUUCCACACUAAAAGACUUGAGGUCGUUGCGCAUCAACAACAACAGGUUUACCACAGUUGUGCAGGAUACUUUCAGUGCGCUCUCCUCUAUGUCCCACCUUCAGAUUUUUAGCAACCCCUUCAAAUGCUCCUGCAGCCUGGAGUGGCUGAGAGACUGGAUCGCAAAAACUAAGAUUUCUGUCCCCGAGCAAAAGUCAAUUUUAUGUGAGGCCCCUGAACACCUGAAUGGUACAAUGGUUAUAAAUAUGCCUAAACUGGACUGCAGAGCCCCCGCUGUCUCUAUAACCUACCAGCCUAACACUGAGAACAAAGAGCUCUAUGAGGGUUUAAUGGUCAUCUUAGAUUGUGAGACAAAGGGGAGCCCUAAACCACAAGUCAGCUGGGAGGUGAUUGCAGGAAAUCAGAAUUAUCUGUUCCCCUUGCCCUCCACCGGGGAGCUAAAUGAUGUGCCAAUUAAUGACAAAACGACCAACAAUCGAUUCCUCGUCUUUAGAAACGGCACUCUCAUCAUUCCUCAUAUGAGUAAAAAGGAAGAUGGAAAUUAUAGCUGUUCUGCUGUGAAUGAAUUAGGCAAAGCAGAGAGCAGUGUUAGGGUGGCAUUGACUGGGACCCCAAAACAUCCUGCCAAAUCAGUGCUCGAUUCCACACUAGAUAAAAUCCGCCCGUCUGUUAAAAAGCCUGCAGAGCCGAAGACCUCCAAAAACAACGUGAUCAACUGGGAUAAGCCUGAAGACAAAACAAAGCUUAGCCCCGAAGUGUCCUCAGACAAAAAUGAUGGCACAGAGCAGGCUGCUGACGUUUCAAAGGACACCACUUCUGCGAGCAAGUGCGGCGUGAGAGACGGCAGUGAGUACAUCUCCAACCAUGCUUUCAACAUGAGCCUGGAUGACUUGAAGCAGUACACGUUUGAUUUUGGUGUAAUUGCACUAGAAGUGUCGGAGACGGAGGCCAAGGUGCAGCUGAAUCCGCUGCAGCUUGCAAACAGCAAAUCUAACCUCCAUCUCAGCCAAAAUGAAAACCAAGAAAUGGUGGUUAAGGAGCCUGUAGGUCUGUCCCAGUCCUCGUCCAGUAAAGCCACCCUGGACAGGCUCUACCUUUGUGUAAAUACAGGAAAUGGACACUCCAUUGUUCAGUGGUCUCAUAUAGAGGAGGGGGUUAAUUCCUACCGCUUCCAUGGUUUACAGCCUGGCACCAAUUACACACUUUGUCUCACCUAUGGGGGGAAGGACUGCCAAGUCCAAGUAGUCUUCACAACUAGGAAGAAGAUCCCCUCCCUUCUUAUCAUCGUGAUUGUCAGUAUUUUCCUCCUCGGUCUGGCCACGGUUCCUUUACUGGCGGCCACCUGCUGCCAUUUGUUAUACAAGUACCAAGGGAAGACCUACAAGUUGAUCAUGAAGGCUCAGAAUCCGGAUCAGAUGGAGAAACAAAUGGCUGGGGAUUUUGAUCCCAGGGCGUCUUUUGUGGGGUCAGAGAAAAACUUCAAUUCCAGUGAGUUGGGCGAGGGAGAGGCAGAGGCCGAGGGAGAGGAAGGAGACGGGGAAGGAGAGGCUGAGGGGAGCGUGGCGACAGAGUCCAUCCCCGGCUCCUCAUCCAAAACCAACCAGGAGGAGUUUGAAGUGGGCUCGGAGUACAGUGACAGGUUACCGCUGGGAGCAGAGGCAGUCAACAUCUCGGAGGAGAUCAACGGCAACUACAAGCAGCCAAGCCGCUGAGCUCCACUCUGCCUGCGACUACAUUGUAAAAUAUUUUACGUUUAAGUAGCCUACAUUCAAGCAACAAACUCGAUCACCAUUACUCCACGUGAAAAGAGAUGACGCCCGAGAUAAGGUGGAUUUUAUUUUACAUUAUUUAACCUCAGAAAGCACUCUGCCAGUAACUGAGACAGUGAAUUGAUUCGUGUGAUAUUUGUAGUCUGCUGUAAGGUUGAAAUAAAUAAGCACAGAUUUAUACAAAUUUUCAGACCUCAGACCUGAAAGCAAGCAACAACGUUUCCUUUGCGCAGGACAGACACAGUCGGGUAUGGGCGCAGGUUGUGCAACAGUGAGGCGCAGACAGUUAUACAGCCUAUUAUAAAAGGCAAAAAAGAUAUUAAAAAGGAAACCAUCGUUUUGAGAGCACAGAAACAACAAAGCAAAAAAAAGUGCCAUAUAUUUUAGCCAUUUUAUUAAGCACAGUGACAUCAGGGAACAGUCGCUCUAUCUAAGUUGUGUGCGUCUGUGCCACGGUGUGGAUGAGCCUUCUCUAAAAGAAACAUUCACACCAGCCAAUAUUUUCUCAGGUGUCGACAUUCCGGCUCCACUUGAUUCCGUCCACGGAACUGUAGUCGCAGAUUGGGAUGGUGAUAUUGGAUGAAAUGAAAUUAGACGCAGAUAUUUGGUUCCGGUGUUACUGCGCCUGGCAGCGCACAGGAGCGCCCUGCCCGCUGUCCCGUGACUCCAACAGGGAGACUUCACUUUUAGCUGUGUCGUGCUUGACGGGUUAUUUACCAAUAAAAUAUUACACGCUGUGGAAGGCUUUAAAAAUGUGCGACUUUAACCUCUUACUCAACGGGUGCUUGCUAUAUUACUCUCGCUUUUUACAAUGAAAUUGUCCAUGGCAUGUCACACGUAUUUCCUUGUGUGGUUCUUUAGUGUAGUCUAUAGGACUGUAGAUGUUACUGUCAGCCUGUGAUGUAAAGCCAUGUGAACUGAAAUUAUUCUUUUUUUUUUUUUACAAUGAAGCCACAACAGAAAAGGCGUCUGUGCGCGUCUGAAGGCUUCACCGUCUCGUUAUUUGAUGCAUAGUAAAGUUUUGUGAACUAUGUUGUACAACGAAACAAGAAACCUCGUGACAUUUUAAGAUUUUUGAUAUAAUUUUAUGUAAGUGGAAUUAAUAAAACACAUGAAACUAUA